UCUUCUUCUUCAUCUUCUACUGUAACACACAAAACACAUAUAGAGAGAGAAAGACAUAUAGCAAAAUCCAAAGCUUCGAACUUUUCGAUCUGAUCAUCUUCUCGAGACAAACCCAUUUCAUAAUUUCUUCAAAAGGUUUCAUUUUUAUUUUCUGGGUCUCUGUUUUUUCUCGGAAUCUACUAAUCAACAUGAGGAGGCUUCGAGGUUUCAAGAUCGGACACAGAUUCGUCAAGAUCUUCAAAUGGAUAAUCCGAAGUAGAAGAAUCCAAACCGGGAAACGCCAAUGCCUAACCGGAAUUCUCAACCCGGUCACAAAAAUGUACUCUUUAGCGAGGCGGUGUCUCCGUCGUGGAGCUAAUAGACUUUGCGGAGGAACGAAACCGGGUCAGACCCGGUUAGGUGAAGAACCGAAGACGCCGGCAGUUCCGAAAGGACAUUUAGUGGUUCACGUUGGGGAAUCCGGCGACGAUACGCGGCGUGUGGUGGUUCCGGUGAUUUACUUUAACCAUCCUCUGUUCGGAGAGUUGCUGGAGCAGGCGGAGCGGGUUUACGGGUUUGAUCAACCGGGUCGGAUUAUGAUACCUUGUCGUGUAUCGGAUUUUGAGAAAGUUCAGAUGAGGAUCGCCGCAUGGGAUCACUCCCGACGGAAGAGAACUUUUAAGAUUCUCUAAUUUUUACCUUCCUUUUUUUUUGUUUUUACAGUUUUAGCUUCUUCUUUUUUUUUUUUACCAAAAGAGUCGAAUUGUCAAGUUUGUGUGAAUAUCAUCAAGUUGCUAGGUUACUUAUACGCAUUAGCCAUACAAUUUCUAUGUUAUUCAUCAAACACAGAUUUGUAAUGAGAUAAUAAUCAGUUUAUCGUAUUGAUCAGGAUAUAAUCUAA